AUGCUCACAAAAAUCACUACUCCCCCUAUCUCGCUUGCAGCAGCCCUUGUUAAACAAACACUUCCCCCUGAUUUUUGCUUCUUCAAUCAUCAUUCAUGGAAUUCUCUGUUCAGAGCCCACUUCAAUUCCUGGGCUUUCUCCAUACGGAAAGCCUCCUCCACUUCACCUCUCAAGGCCCUCCAACUCUACUCCCGGAUGCAACGCCAGGCUGUGCCUUUCGAUACCUUCUCUAUCCUCUUCGCCCUUAAAUCCUGCACCAAUUUGCCCCACAACAUCACCAUCGUACGUCACAUCCACGCCCACCUUCUCAAACUCGGCUUCUCUACUCACGUUUACGUCGCCACUUCUCUCCUUUGCGCGUAUGCCCUGAGCCUCUUUGACGACGCCUGUAUCCUGUUCGACGAAAUGCCCCUACGAAACACAGUCACUUGGAACAUUAUGAUCUCGGCAUAUUCACGACAAGGAAAUGUGACAACUGCUCGCAUUUUUUUUGACAGGAUGCCCGUGCGAGACGUCGCGUCGUGGUCUGCCAUUAUCGCUGCUUAUAUGGACAAUUCUCUCUGGGACCAAGGGUUGUCACUUUUUCGAGAAAUGAUAAUGUGUAGAAAUGUCGAGAAUCAGUGCCUAAAGCCCGAUCAACUAACCUUAGGCUCAAUUUUAGCAGGGUGCGGCCGAAUUGGUUCAGCUGGAUUAGUGUUUGGAAAAUCCAUACAUGCCUACGCCAUUAAGAAUGAAUGGCAAUUGAAUGUGGAGUUAGGCACUUGUUUACUUGACAUGUAUGCAAAAUGCGGGGUUCUAAAGAGUGCAUGCUUGAUAUUCAACAUGAUGAAGGGUAACAAUGUGGUGGCCUGGACGGCUUUAAUUUGUGGUGCUGCACAAUGUGGCUAUGGCCUAGAGGCGCUGAGGAUCUUUGAGAAGAUGAGAGAAGCGGGAGUGAAGCCCAAUGAGUUGACAUUCACAGGAAUACUUACUGCCUGUGUGCAAGCGGGUUUGGUGGAUGAGGGCCGCAGAUACUUUAGAAUGCUUGAACAGAGUGGGCUGAGGCCAAGAAUUCAGCACUAUGGCUGCAUGGUUGAUUUGUUUGGUAAGACAGGAUUGCUGGGGGAAGCAUAUGAGAUUAUUAACACGAUGCCCUUUGAGCCUAAUGUGGUAAUUUGGGGUUCAUUCUUGUCAUCUUGUAAGUUGCACAAGCAGUAUCAAAUGGUCGAGAAGGUGAUUCAUAAGGUGAUGAGGAUGGUGAGGCCAGAGGCUGACGGAGGGGUUUACUCACUUAUCUCUGAUUUGUAUGUAUUAAGUGGCAAAUGGAGCGAGGCAGAGAGAUUGAGAAACUUGAUGCUCGGCCAAAAUGUGAGAAAGGUUAGGGGAUCUAGUUUCAUCAGGAGUGGAGUAAUGUGA